AUGGAGGGGUUUAACAUCCCAUUGAGAUAUAAAAGCCUCCAAAAACUGGACACCAACUCUUCCUCGCUGAAACAAGAACAUUUGAGCUGGUGCAAGUCUAAUGUUGAUACAGCCGUGAUGGACGUAUACUGCAGUAAUAAUGUUCUUCAGGCCAGGAGAGCCGUGGAGCAGCUCAGACUAGAGACAGAACUACAGAGAAUCAAGAUUUCGGCAGCAGCAGAGCAGCUUGUUCAGUACUGUCAGGAGCACAGGAGAGCCGACCCGCUGCUGACCGGGAUCAACGCCUCCUCCAACCCGUUCAAAGACAAGAAGACCUGCGUGCUGCUGUGAACUGCGUCUGCAGUAGUCGCCCUUUUUAUCUGCAGCGUUAAGAACGACACGCUGACAAAUCCAACUGAAUGAUCAAAUUGUGCAUUUAUAAAGCUUUUUAAAAAUCAAAGAGAAUUUGAUCACGGGACAUUCAGUCAGUCACAGAACAAUACAACAGCACUGUCUGCAAUAACUAUAAAUCAUUCAUAAAUAUAGACAUUUUA